GCCCAGGCGCUCGAUGGGGAGCAACCGCGGACCGCCUCUUUGUGUCGCCCUCCCGCCUCUCCGUGGCACGGAAAGUAGCUUCAGCACCGCCUCAGCCAUAAUGAUGAAACUGGUAUUAACUGAAUGGCAAUUAUGGAUUUUUAACUCUGAUUCACAGUAAGCCAGCAAGCCAUAUGUUUAAAAUCCAACCAAAAAUCCUUCUGCUCUGCUGCGCGUCCCAUACGACUGAGAAGUUGCGAGAUCUGUCUGUUCGAGGAGGAAGAGGAGUGUCACUUGCCGAGGAGCAGCGCCGGAGCAGGAAGCGAAGACGUCUUAAUUUAUCCUCACAGAUACGCGAUAGUUUAUUUAUAUAGAUAGAGUAAAUAUAUAUAUAUUCUAUAUAUAUUUUUGUUGGUAAUGAAAAUGGCCCCGCAGAAUGCCGACUCAGAAUCUAUGCAAGUUCGCGAGUCACCUGUGCCCCUGCCGGACCUGCAGAAGCCGGGCGGGGCGGCCGCGGAGCCCCGCGACGAGACCACCAGCGAGGGCUCCGUCGACCGGAUCCCCGUGCGCCUGUGGGUGAUGCACGGGGCGGUGAUGUUCGGCAGGGAGUUCUGCUACGCCAUGGAGACGGCGCUGGUCACGCCCAUCCUGCUGCAGAUCGGCCUCCCGGAGCAGUACUACAGCCUCACCUGGUUCCUGAGCCCCAUCCUCGGCCUCAUCUUCACGCCCCUCAUCGGCUCGGCCAGCGACCGCUGCACCCUGAGCUGGGGCCGCCGCCGGCCCUUCAUCCUGGCGCUGUGCGUGGGCGUGCUCUGCGGCGUGGCGCUCUUCCUCAACGGCUCUGCCAUCGGGUCAGGCACGCGCUCCUGCCCUGACCCCACCUUUCUGGGACAGGCUCCCUCCAACUCCACCGCCUGGCAGGCCUACAACGCCGGGGUGAAGAUGGGCUGCUGGGGUCUGGUCAUUUACGCCACCACUGGUGCCAUCUGCUCAGCCCUGCUGCAGAAGUAUCUGGACAACUAUGACCUGAGCAUCCGGGUGAUCUACGUGCUGGGCACGCUGGGCUUCUCCGUCGGCACGGCGGUGAUGGCCAUGUUCGCCAAUGUCUACGUCGCCAUGGUGAUGAUCAGCACCAUGGGGGUCGUGUCCAUGAGCAUCUCCUACUGCCCCUACGCCCUGCUGGGGCAGUACCACGACAUCAAGGAGUACGUUCACCACAGCCCGGGGAGCUCCAAGCGUGGCUUUGGCAUCGACUGUGCCAUCCUGUCCUGCCAAGUGUACAUCUCCCAGAUCCUGGUGGCCUCCGCCUUGGGCACCGUGGUGGACGCCGUGGGGACCGUGCGCGUCAUCCCCAUGGUGGCCUCCGUGGGCGCCUUCCUGGGCUUCCUGACGGCCGCGUUCCUGGUCGUCUACCCCGAGGUGUCAGAGGAGGCCAAGGAGGAGGAGGGGUCUCAUCACUCCCCAGGCGGCCGGCAGCCAUUUGUGGGGCUCCGGGCUGCGGCGCAGCCCCCAUCCACCCGCGGGGCCCGCUGCCCGCUGGACGCCAACUCGGACUCCGCGGGGCCCGGGGGCCGGGCCAGCCUGGAAGCGCGUCUCUGCAGGAUCCUCACGUGGCCCCGCGCGGACUGCGGCGGCGAGCGCUGGGUCCUGUGUGCAGGGCUCCGGGCCGUGUGUCGGGCGGGGACGCCUCCUGUCGGGGUCUCCGGCCGCGUGGCGAGCGCUGUCCCCGUGCCUGCCUGUGCCCCAGGGCGAGGCCGCUGCAGUGGCGGUCGGGUGGUAGCUGCAGCCAAGGGGCUCGGGCCUCCGGAGCCCAGCGUGGGUGUCUCUGAGUGGUCAGCGCGGCGCCCGUCCGCCUGGGGUUUGGCCGGCUGCUGCGUGACGGGACUGACUGAGCACGAGCCUGACGAGAAGUCAGCUGAGCCGAGCGUCUUCUGGGACGCCCCCUGGCGGGCACGUGAGCUAGUGGUGGGGGUCCGGCCCGUCCCCCCGCUCCGCCGGCCCGGUCUUCCCUGGGGACCGACCUGUGCUUGA